AUGAAUUUGGGAUUCUCAGGACAUAUGAACCCAAUUGAGAUAAUCCAAAAUCCGGAAUCCAGAAUCAAGAAUCCAGAAUCCAGAAUCCAAAAUCCGGAAUCCAGAAUCCAGAAUCCAGAAUCCAGAAUCCAGAAUCCAGAAUCCAGAAUCCAGAAUCCAGAAUCCAGAAUCCAGAAUCCAGAAUCCAGAAUCCAGAAUCCAGAAUCCAGAAUCCAGAAUCCAGAAUCCAGAAUCCAGAAUCCAGAAUCCAGAAUCCAGAAUCCAGAAUCCAGAAUCCAGAAUCCAGAAUCCAGAAUCCAGAAUCCAGAAUCCAGAAUCCAGAAUCCAGAAUCCAGAAUCCAGAAUCCAGAAUCCAAAAUCCAGAAUCCAGAAUCCAGAAUCCAGAAUCAAGAAAUGCAGAAUCUCGAAUUCGGAAAUCCGGAAUCCGAAACCUGGAAAUCGAGAGACCGGAAGUCAGUAUCCGUAGGAGAAUCUUUUAGUUAA